AUGAGGAUAUUCCUGGUGCCACUGUCGCGCAGAGCACACGCGUUGCAUUGCCAUUCAACCCUCGCAAAACCAUCGACUUCCUACCUCAACAGGGCCACCGUCUUUGCCUCCAAGAAAUGGGAAGAACUCGCCCAGGCUAAACCAGAUUCUAUGAAACGGAAGCUCUACAGAGCAGGGACGACUAUGCUUGAGAAAAUUGAGCACCGCGAGACAUUCUUCAAGGAGGUCCCCGCCAAGGAAGAUGUCACCAUUACCACCAUGGUCCCGUUCAUGUACCCGUCGUCUUUGAAAGAGGCCCAGGUCCAUGCAGAGUUCAAGACACUGGUCGAUCAGAGGAUCCCCUAUCAUCGCAAGUACAUGAUCUACUCUGCCAUGUUGGUUCCUGUGACUUCACUGUUUAUAAUUGUACCGCUUGUGCCCAACAUUCCCCUCUUUUACAACGCCUAUCGUCUCUGGAGUCAUUGGAAAGCGUACAAUGGAGCGAAACAUUUGGACGUUUUGAUCAAGAACAACUCUAUUACGUUUGUUCCGAGUGAAGUACUGGAUCUGGGAUUGCAACAUGAUCCGAAAUUUGCGGUGUACUUUACAGGAUCGUACCAGUUGUCGAAAAAGAGACGGGCGUUCAAGAAACCAGUCGAACAGGAUCCCAACAGCCCGAUCAUUGCCGAAUCCUCUGGAGAGUUGAGUCAGGACCACAACAGCUUGUUGAAGGAUGAUGAGAAGAAGGAGUCUUUGGGUGAAGGAGGAAAGGCACCGCCACAGCGGCCGUCGACUCUCUUGCCCAAAAAGAACGAUCCUCUGUCGGUGACGGACCAUGUGGCGUAUGAGGGGUUCAUUACGGAUGCCGAGAUUGAAAAGAUAUCGUGGGCGUUUGAGGAGGCCGUUAGUCUCAAAAGAGAGGUGAAGCGGGCGCGGUAUCAGGAGGCGGCCAAGUACGUAAAGGACAACUUGAUGAAGGGCGGACCCCCUGGCGACGAUUCCUCUAGACCCAAGAACAAGGAGACAUGA